ACUGAGAGCUAUGUGUAACCUACCAAUGGCGACAUAACCACAAUAACUACCUAAGAGAAGACAAAUUCCCUUAGGAAUCCUCCAACCUAAUUAAAUAACAUACAUUCAAGCCAUCAUUUGCACAUACUGUGUACUUGGGUUGCUUCGACUCCGAUCUAGAGGGUCUCAUUCGAUUAAUGGAAACACCUAAUAGAACAGACCAAAAUCCAAUUCCCCUGUUUACAAAAACCUUCCAGAACAAAACCUUAGAAGCACAUUCCAAUCUAGCAAGCUUUCUGGGGAGUGCCCAUACCCAACUUCAGCAAUGAUUCAAGCAAACUCCAAUAACCGCAUUAUUAAUGUCUACCAGCUUUAGUUUAUCAUCCUCCUUCAACGAUUCUUGAGAGGUCCCUCUCACCAACAAUUCACCAUCUCUCCCCACUCUCUGCAGACUCUUCUAAGCCUCACACUAGCACUGAUGCUCUCCCAAUGCUUCUCUCUCUAGAAGCAAGCACAGCUCAGAAGAACCAGAAAUUGCAGUGAGAGAACCAAAAGGCAUAAUUGAGAGAGAGAGAGAGAGAGAGAGAGAGAGAGAGAGAGAGAGAGAGAGAGAGAGAGAGCAAGAAAAAAAGAAGGUAGACACUAUACCAUUUCUGGCAACCAUUCAUGGGAUGCAUUGUCUCAAGAUCCAACACUCCCACCGCCACACACCCUGAAAUCCCCCAUUUCUCUCCGUUUGAUUCUGCAUUUUCUCCAUAUUCUUCACCAUCACCAGCCAAAGCAAGAACUGUUUCUCUUGCAACUCCUCUUGUCCACCACCCGCCAAUCAAGAAAGGUGACACCCACCAUUUGGUCUCUCUGACAUCCAGCACCUAUGGUUCUCUCCUCCUCAUUGACCCCCAGAACACCAGAUUGAACAUCCAGAAUCUGUCUGAGCAGAAGCAUUUACCACCUCCUCAGACUCCCCAAAAAAUGGCUGAGCCUCAAACUCAUGUGGAAGAUUCGAAUGACGCCCCAUCACCGGAUUCCGUCAUCAACACCUGGGAGCUCAUGGAUGGUCUAGAUGACUGCGAUUACGAUGGUGAGAACUUCAGGAUGUCUGCUUCUUCCAUUUCAUGCAAGGCUUCAGAUUGCAAUGGCUAUGAGAAGAAAACAGUUAACUCCACAAAAUCGUAUGAAAUUCCAGCUAAGAUCAGUGGCAAUCGUGAAAUGACAGUCGGUCCAAUGGUGGGAUUCAAGGAUCAUUCUCCCCCAUCCAACGACAAAAAUUCUUCAUUAGGCAGAGAAGAUAGGGUAGUUCUGUACUUCACCAGCUUGAGAGGAAUCAGAAAGACUUACGAGGACUGUCGUGCCGUCAGAAUGAUAUUCAGGGGCUUGAGAGUGGCUUUAGAUGAGAGGGACAUUUCAAUGGACUCUUCCUACAAAAAGGAAUUGCAAAGCAAGCUCAAAGGCAAGGCACCGAGUCUGCCUCAGGUCUUCAUAAGAGAAAACCACAUUGGCGGUGCGGAGGAGAUCAGGCAGCUCAAUGAAAAUGGAGAAUUGGCGAAGCUUUUGGAGGGAUUCGAAGCGAGUGAUGUCGGGUUCAUUUGCAAGACAUGCGGGGAAGCAAGGUUCGUGCCCUGCCCUAGUUGUAGUGGGAGCAGGAAGGUGUUCGAUAAGGACGACAAAAGAUUCAGAAGGUGCAUGGAUUGCAAUGAGAAUGGAUUGAUUCACUGCCCUAGCUGCUGCUCCUGAAAGCCGAAUUCUGGAAUCUUUUACUAUUGCAAGACCAGCAACUUUCUUGUGCUAUAACAUCCAUGCCAACGAGUUCCUCCAGAUGGGGUUCCUUUUCUUCGAAAAGUUGCUGUUUCGAACUGUCUUAUCUGCAUUAGUUUCUUUCCUCCAUGAAUAAAAGUGAAAUAAAGGAAAGAUUCUUUGUGUUCA